AUGAUGGCGCCACCCCCGGAAAUCGCCAUUCCAUCCACGAGCAUCUCCGACGAGGGCUCGGGGAAGCCAUAUACACUAUUCAACAUCACACUGCGGCUGCCGCUACGGUCAUACGUGGUGCAGAAGCGCUACUCGGACUUCAACAAGCUACACGAGGCGCUGCAGCAGCAGGUCGGCGAGGCUCCGCCCCAACCGCUGCCCCCGAAGCACUGGCUCAAAUCAACAGUCAACUCGCCAGACCUGACACGCCAGCGACAAGUCGGGCUCGAGCGCUAUCUCAAGACGAUUGCGGAGUCACCCGACAGACGCUGGCGCGACACGUCGGCGUGGCGUGCCUUUCUCAACCUCCCCAGCUCCAGCACUACAAACUCGGCGGCCUCGGCGGGCGGGCGAGCGUCCAAUGUUGCGUCCGGCGCCGCCGACCCCUCGACGUGGCUCGAGCUCCACAAGGAGCUCAAGCAGCACCUGCAUGACGCCCGGAUAUCGCUGUCGAAGCGAGACGGCGCCGCCGACAGUGGCAACAUGACGGCAGUGGCCGAGGCCGCCACCGCCGCCCGCAAGUCGAUUGUCCGGGGCGGGACCCUGAUUGUCCGUCUUGUGGAUGGACUCAAGAAGAUGCAAGAGUCGGGACGCAUCGGCGACGGCGAGCUGCGGCGACGGCGCGACCUCGUGUCGACGGCCAAGAUGGAGCGAGAGGGCCUCGACAAGCUGGCCAACAGCAUGCCCGCCACUGUCGUUGGCGGCGGCGGCAGCGGCAGCGGCGGCUUGGCCGCGUCGCCAGAAAAGGCCAAGCUGUUUAACGGAAAUGGCGCGCGCCCCGGUGGGCGUCGCCUCGGGGGCCCGCCGGCAGCGGAGACGGACAAGACGCGCGAGCUCGACAACCAGGGCGUGCUGAUGCUGCAGAAGCAGGAGAUGGAGGCGCAGGACUCGCAGCUGGACCAGCUGACGGCAAUUAUCCGGCGGCAAAAGGAGAUGGGCUUGCAGAUCAACGAGGAGGUGGAGCGCCAGACGCAGAUGCUCGACAUGCUCGACGAGGACGAGGCGCGCGUCAGCAGCAAGCUGGGCGUCGCCAACAACCGCAUCCGUAAGAUGUGA